AUGGCGCCCCCGCAAAGCGACGCUUCCCCUGAAGAGCAGCAGGCUAGGUCUGAUGCUACAGAAGAAACUGUGUACAGUGCGCCUGUAAAUGGGGGUCUGCAGGCCUGGCUACAGGUGGCAGGGGGAACGGUGAACACGUUCGGUGUCUUCCAAACUUACUACCAAAUCGGACUGCUGAAGAACCAGUCCAGCUCGAAUAUUUCCUGGGUUGGCGCCAUACAGGCAUUUCUCUUGCUCGUGGUCGGUGUAAUCACGGGCCCUCUCUACGAUGCGGGAUACUUUUACGUCUUGGUGGCUACAGGAUCUGUCCUGAUUGUGCUCCUUGCCCAAGCCUUCUGCGUUGGCGUUGGCAGUGGAUGCCUGUAUAUUCCCUCUGUGGCGAUUAUUCCACAAUACUUCUCAUCUCGCAGAGCGAUUGCCACGGCCGUUGCCGCAUCUGGAAGCAGCCUUGGAGGAGUAUUAUACCCAAUUGUCUUUCGGCAGCUGCAGCCUCAUAUCGGAUUUGGAUGGGCCACUCGCGUACUGGGUUUCCUGGUUCUUGCAACGAUAUCGUUCUCACUCAGCGUCAUGCGCGUUCGCCAGGUUCCAAAGCAAAGGCGCAUUUUGAUCGAAUUCUCUGCGUUCAAGGAGGUCCCAUAUACCCUGUUCUGUACGGCGAUGUUCUUUGGCUAUAUCGGCUUCUUCAACCCCAUCUUCUACAUUGAAGCGUAUGCUAUCCAAAAGCAUGCCAUGGGAGAGACUCUUGCAUUCUACCUUGUCUCGAUCCUAAAUGCCGCCUCAGUCCCGGGUCGGAUUGUCCCUGGCCUUCUUGGCUUGCGCUUUGGUCCCUUAAAUAUUCUUCUGGGAAGUGCAAUCAUCAGCGGCAUUCUUUCGCUCUGCUGGAUAGCCAUCUCCAACGCCGGCGGCCUAAUAGCGUUGGCCAUCUUGUACGGCUUUUUCUCCGGCGCUUUCGUCUCCCUCCCGGCGGUUGCAUUGACGACCUUGACACCGAAUCUCCAGACACUUGGAACUCAAACGGGAAUGUGCUCUCUGCUGUGUGGUUUUGGAUCUCUGUGCGGUGCGCCGGUUGCAGGCGCCAUCCUGGACGAUACGCGAUCGUAUCUAGGGGUUCAGCUAUACUCAGGGCUCACCAUCGGUACGACGGGCGUUCUCCUCUUCUUCGCCAGUCUUCUUAAGGGAAGAUCCAAAUAG